GCAUUCCAAAUGCAGUUGAUAACCCAUCGCCCGCCUAAUAACAACUAUACAAAUCAUCGAACUCCGCAACACAAUCAAUAUCAUCGCUAUCGCAACGGAGGCUAUCGCAACGGUAGCAAUAAUAUGGGCGGACGCAGUUAUUCAAAUGGUUGGAACCAUUAUGAUAAUAGUGGUAUGCGUGAUUACAAAGAACCCCCUCCGGACUGGAAGAGAUUCGUCGAAAUAACUUUCAUGGUUAGUAAAGUCCCUCAAAAGGCCGACGUUUCGGAAAUAAGAGAGGCAUUCUCUUCUCAUGGAAACAUUUAUAAAGUCGAAUUUGAAACGAGAGAUUCCAUGGAGGGUGAACAGCCAACCGGAGCUGUACGUGUUACGUUUAGGCCCGUGCCCUCAACUCCAUUUUGGAGAGAACCAGUACGUUUUCACGGGAAAGACUUACAAGUUGAUUAUUUGGACUAUAUGUCGGAUCAUUUCUGUGACUAUACUGAUAAUAAAAAAUUUAAGUUAAGGUUUCAUUCGUUAAGAGCGGAAAGUUUAGAGUUGGGCGUCUAUAUGCAACCAGAAGUUUUUGUUUCAGAAGUGAAAUAUUCUGAACUCGUACAAUUCACCAUUAAUUAUCAAAAACGUAAUAUUUCUGUUGAAUUUGGUAUUAAGAACUUACAACAAUAUUACAUGUUUAAGAUGGAAAUCGAAUUUAAGGAUAUCGACGGUGAGAUCCAUGCUGAACUUGAUGACUCAAGACAAAGAUCACGGGGAAUAAUAACUAUUGCUAACAAAUUUCCUGCAAGGUAUUGGAUGUUCGACAAUAGGUUACAAUCAAAAAAUCAAUUCAAUUGGAGAAUGUCCGACUCUUGGAAGCGUAAAACUGAAAUACGAGUAAAAAAAAGUAAUACGGAUGGUAUACCCCUUCAACCACAUAUGCCAGAUAAUAGUGAACAACUGGGCAAAUGGGUUGUUUUUAGAAUUACCUUUGACCUGGAUGGAGUUGCCAAUACUCAUAGAGAAGGGUUCAUUCUAUUCAAGGAGAUGAUGCAAAAAGCUAGCGAAUACAACCUAGCUCCCAAGAACGCCAUUAACAAAAGGCCGCUACGUAUUGUUGAUGGGACUAAUAUGCGCAAAUGCGUGGAACGUUCAAUGUUAAAUUAUGACGUUCUUUAUAUGGUUGAAUGUAACCUUUCAUUCAACUUUUUGCACGACUAUAAUUUGAAUAGCGAGUUCUUUUCACUGUUGAACAGUCUGCCAACAGAAUCAGCAACAUACAUCAUGGAGACGAUCUAUGCAAAAAAGAAACGUCAGUUUGAUCCAUUGUCGUAUUUAAGAUAUGAGUCCAUGAGACAAGUCGAGAGGAAGCCGAGGCAUGUGCCAUCCUAUUGUGCAAUGAUGCGUAAGGUUGUAGUAACCCCAACAACCAUGUACAUCUUGGCUCCGACCAUGGAGACUUCCAAUCGUGUGAUACGUCACUUUCACCAUAUGAAGGACAACUUUUUGCGUGUCCAAUUCGUGGAUGAAGCAUCUAACAAAGUUAGUUCGACCAAUGGAACUCAUAACGAUGCCUUGUAUAACAAGAUUUUCAAAGUUUUAUGCGAUGGUAUCAAGAUCGGGGAUAGGCACUACGAAUUUUUGGCAUUUUCAUCAAGUCAACUGAGAGAUCAUUCAUGUUGGUUUUUUGCUCCAACCGCUGAUAAAUCUGCGGAUGAUGUUCGCAAAUGGAUGGGGACCUUUUCAACUAAUAAAAGUGUCGCCAAAUAUGCUGCUCGUAUGGGGCAAUGUUUUUCAAGUACUCGUGCAAUCGCGCGUCUGCCAGUUAACGAUAUCGUAAAAAUCCCUGAUCUAAUAAGAAAUAAUUAUACGUUUUCAGACGGCGUAGGAAAGAUCUCUUAUGCUUUAUCAAAAAGAGUGGCCGACACCUUAGAACUAAAGACCGUUCCUAGUGCGCUCCAAUUUCGACUUGCUGGGUAUAAAGGAGUAUUAUGCCAAUCAAAAUAUCUGCGAAAUAAUCAAAUUCAAGUGCGUCCGAGCCAAGAAAAGUUCGCGUCGAACCACUAUGUAUUGGAGGUUAUCAGAGGGUCUACCUUCAUUCCAGCAUAUCUCAAUAGGCAAGCUAUUACAUUGUUGUCUGUACUAGGAGUACCCGACAAUGUAUUCAUUGAUAUGAAAAAUGCGCAGGUCAAUGAGCUAGAUAAAAUGCUUAAAAACGAGAAUAACGCCGUAACUGUUUUACAUAAAAACAUCGAUGAACACGGCGUAACCAAAUCUCUGGCAGACCUUGUGAAGGCCGGAUUUUUACAGAGCAAAGAUAGAUAUCUAAUGAACUUGAUAUCUUUAUUCAGCAUUAUGAUGUUGAGGGAUCUUAAGAAAAAAGCUAAGAUUCGUGUAGACAAAGGUGCAUUUUUGUUAGGAGUUUUGGACGAAAUGGACGCUUUAAGAGAGGGUCAGGUGUAUUGUUGCGUCUCUGAUCCGGCAAAUCCUUCCAGUAGGAAAGUGAUUACGGGACCUUGUAUUGUGUACCGUAAUCCUUGUUUUCAUCCUGGAGACAUACGUGUCGUUACUGCAGUGCCAUGCCCUGAUUUGAGUCACCUUGUCGAUGUGGUGGUAUUCCCAGCGGUGGGCUAUCGUGAUAUUCCUAGUGAAUGCAGUGGAGGAGAUCUAGACGGUGACGAUUUUAC